UUAUGAUUGGCAAACGGUAAAUUUCAUUCCAAACCAAUCAUCGAUAAACUCUGAAUGGGCAAUAUACUGAUCUAAUGUAUCAAACGUAAUACAUUAGUGAUAAAUCAAAGGAUUUCUGACUCAUUCUCCCUGAAAACAGAUUAAAAUGCACGUGUUAUGUACUUAGAAGAUUGUAUGUACACCUAAACUUAUAUUGAUGUACCAUCUGUUACACUUCUAAUCCUGAAAUCGGAAUGAUUACUUACCUUAAACGACGUUUCUCUUCAGGAGAUUUACAGGGUGAGUUAGCUGACAAGCGUAUGCAAGAAGGAUUACCCAGUUUUCUACGAUUCGGAUCUUCUACUCAAGCUGAACAGCCACAUCAACAGUACUCGCAGCACAAUUCAAACAUCCACCCUGGAGGACAAGGAGUGCAAAUAUAUGCAAACCAACCCCAAGAUGCUAAUUCAGUACGACCACUAAACUAUGAUUCAAAGCAUGUUUCAGCAACUGGUGUGUUUGAUCACACGGCUGGUGCUCACGCAAGUACAGCAACAACUACACCUAAUUACAUUCAUGGAUCCAUGGGUCGUGGACGUGGUGCUUAUCCAAGUGCUCCAACUUCACCAACGAGAUCCACUGGGCUUAGUGCCUCUCUUAUGGGUCCAAUGGGGAGUUUAACAGGUCAAAUAUCGAACACGAUUAUGCGUGGUUUCAAUACCGCGGCUUCCACCGCUCAGAACAUAUCUGGAAAAAUAUCUUCUAAAGACCACCAGAAGAUACUUUUAGUCAUAGAUGACACUCAGACAGACUGGUGUAAAUACUUCAGAGGUAAGAAGAUUAUGGGUGAUUGGGAAAUAAAAGUAGAACAAGCUCAGUUUUCAGAGAUCACAAUGACAGCCUAUAGUGAUAAUGGUUGCGUCGUCAGUAUCUAUCAUGAUCAAAUUCCUUCCAAACCUCUCAGAUCAUUUAAACCUGACUUUGUGCUUAUUCGACAACAUCCCAGUGAAUCAAAUGAAGAUUGGCAACCAAUACUAACAGGACUUAUGUAUGGUGGAACACCCUGUAUGAAUACUUUGCAUGCGGUGUACAAUAUGAAAAAUCGGCCAUGGCUUUUUGCUCAUCUCCUAAUGCUCAGAAAUCGAUUGGGCAAGGAAACCUUUCCGCUAAUAUCACAAACAUAUCACACAAGUCAGAAAGAAAUGAUUGUAGCACCAUCAUUCCCAGUCAUCGUAAAAGUCGGACACGGUCAUCGUGGCGAGGGCAAGGUGAAAGCCGAUACGCCAUUUAUUUAUCAAGAUUUAGUUGGCCUUAUGAUUUCUAGUCAAACAUAUGCUACUACAGAACCAUUCAUAGAUGCAAACUGUGAUCUUCAUGUACAAAAAAUUGGUACCAACUAUAAAGCAUUCAUGCGUAAGGCAAUUUCUGGAAACUGGAAAUCAAACACUGGAUCAGCGCUAUUGGAAAAAGUUCCCAUGAAUGAUAAAUUUAAGUUAUGGAUAGAUGAAGUAUCUCGUCUGUUUGGAGGCUUGGAUAUCUGCUCCAUUGAUGCUUUACAAUCAAAGAGUGGUGAAUAUUUUAUUUACGAGGCGAAUGGUUCAGAUAUGACUCUUUAUGGGGAUGGACAAGAAAUUGAUCGAAUGGAAAUUGCUGAAUUAGUAAUUCAACGUAUGCAAUCAUUGGUCCAUUCGGUUUCACUUCCAAAAGCUCCGAGUUUGCAGUCAAUUGGUCGAACAGUUGAAAUAGAUCGUACAACAGGUAUGAGUACGACUGCUUCAGCUUCUGUUCUUCAACCUAAUACAGGAGCUACUAUAUCACAACCUACUUAUAUUUCAUCAUCACAAAAUCUUUCAUCCUUCACACACACUCAACAAGAAAACGUUCAGCAAAACUUGCAGCCUCAGAUACCUCAAAAAUACCCACCGGUUACAAGUGGUUCUUUGAUUGGAGAGCCAAUAGGAUCAGUUAGCCCCGCACUCGGUAAAUAUUCAGAUACUGGUUCAGGAAAAAGUUUCGGUUCGUCUACCGGUUCAUUAUCUUCAAGAAGUGAUACCCCACAUCAGACUGCGUUUAGUACACCAACCACGACCCCAGCAAAUCGAGGAUUCAGCACUACAAUGGAAAUUGUGGACUCUGGGUACCGUUCUGUUUCUAGUGGCCUACCUAACACACAAAAUACACCAAAUGCCAACUAUUCUUCUCAUGCAUGGAACCAGAGUUCUUCCUCUGGAAUAUUUAGUCCUUCUAAGAUAUUCCCUAUGGAUUCAGCUACAAAAUCUAACCUGACAAAUCAGCAGUUUCCCACUGCAUUUGAUACGUCAGAAUGUUCUACUGGAAGCAAGUUAAUGAGUUCGCCUCAACAGUCUUUUGGAUCCUCAUUCAGCUCUAAUAUAUCAUCUAGCAGCGAAAGACCUAGCAGUGCUUUCGGUGAGAAAACAAUGAAUCAAAUGACUGCUGGACCUAAUCGCCCAGAUGUCCCCCCAAGACAAACUUCAUUACGUACUGGACCAAGCACUGAAGAUACAGAUGAUACUAUGAAAAAUCUGCGCAAAACAUUUGCUGGAAUUUUCGGUGAUUUAUGAAAGCAAAUAAAAGUUUAACUAUCCUAUACUAUUAUAUAUUUAUCAUGUUAUCAAAUGAUUGUCGUUGUAACACUGAAUUGUCUAACUCUGAUUAUUUGCUUCAUUUCAAUUUAAUUCCUCUCGUCAUUUAAACUCGUUCCGUUAACAUUGACAGUUCAGCAAAACUGAAUUUUUGCUGACACUGAUAUCAUAUACAGUAAUUCCGUAUUCCAGUGAGUCUGUAUUUCAUUUGGUACAGCUGAAUAACAAUUACUUACUGAUUGAUCUCAUUUCAUUCUCAACUUUCAUCUAAUAGCAAAACAACGUCGUAUGAACAUUGAUUCACAUAUGCACAAAACGACAUAGGGCUUAACAUCACAUAGAAAACACUUAAUCUUCAAGUAAUCUAACCUAUGGGAUAACUGUCAUUUUCAUCCAACAAGUUAUUUACUACUCUCAAUUAUUUAUCUGCAUACAUUCAAAAAUGUCCUCACAUGUGAUUCUUCUUUUAAGACCUUUCCCCGCAGGAACAUCUAUUGACUACUGAUUUUCAAAAUAUCUAUUUAUCCCUUCGUGUGACGUUGAUAAUGUCCAAUGGAUUACUUCCUCCUUACUUAUUGCUUAAAAGGAAUAAUGACAAUAAAUUUUUAUUUCGAGAACACUGAGUUUUGUUAUAAAAAGAGUUGAUUUCAUCCUCCAAUGGAAUUAAAGUAGAAAGUGAUUGAACACGAGGUUGCGAGCAAUAAAUAAAAGUAAAACCAACAAAGAUAAAAACUGGUAUGGAUUUUGUAAACCAAACCUUUCUUUGUUUAUAGACAGUGAUGGUUAGCAUGCCAUUUCAACAUUUUCAGUGUUUGAUGAAUUUAUCUUCUUGCUUUCAAUUACGGAUACUACUUCGUCGCAUGUUCUUUGAAUCCUAAUCCAGAUAAUCAACACAUCUAUUGCUUUUAUCAUAAUUACUUGGAGCUGCAGUUCCUUGGCUUUGAGAUUCGACUUUCAGACAGUGGGUUAUGGGCCUGAAGCUUGUCGGUUAGUACGAUUCGCUCUAAUACAAUAUUUAUGGGGAUUGCCGAUCCCAUGAAUGUGAACCUGGUUGCUAAAUGCAUUUUGAUUCAUACAACAGUCUUAUACACUUCUUCAGUCUUAAAUCCUUAUCAGGCUUCUUAUUUAUUAGAAACUGUGCUGUUCACAACGCCAUGUAUCGUAUUUACUUCAUUCACAUUUCACUAUCAAUUUAAAGAUCCCAUUCAACCGUUUCAUACUUUCACUGGAUUUUUCAGCCCUUUUUUAACCCUUAUGCCUCACCAUAGCACGCUGAAUAUAUAGAAUAAUUAACUGAGUAACUUUACAGAAGUUUGUUAAUUCAUUAGACCCUUCCUUCACCUUUGGUUCUUGCCUUAAACCUAACUUAUGAUUAGUUGAACUGAAAUUUGGAAAUAUUUUUCAGCCUCAGCGAUCUGUGUUUCAGCGAUUUAUCAUUACUUCGC